GAGACUCUCUCUGCUUUAUUCAAAAACCACACGAUUCCGAUAUACUUUGUGAAUCUACUGGUACUGGGCAUCCAAUUUCUCUCCUCCCGAUAAAGCUCCCAUGGCGGAGAACCCUAAUUGCACUGUAUAUGUCGGAAAUUUGGAUGAGAGAGUAUGCGAUCGUGUACUAUAUGACAUUCUAAUUCAAGCAGGGCGUGUUGUUGACUUGUACAUUCCUCGUGACAAGGAAACUGAUAAGCCUAAAGGUUUUGCCUUCGCAAAAUAUGAGACAGAAGAGAUUGCAGACUAUGCUGUGAAGCUUUUCUCUGGUUUAGUGACACUCUACAAUAGAACAUUAAAAUUUGCAAUUUCUGGGCAAGACAAGCCCUCUAAUAACUCGCCAAUCGCAACACUGCCGGCCUUAAAUAUUCCCUCUAGACCAAGGCCUCAUCCUACACCUUAUAAUGAUAAGGAAAUUUCACCAAAUUCCGCAAGGUUAUCAACUUCAUGCUGGUUUUCACAGCACCAAACUAGUUACACACAAGUUCCAGUCCCCCCUGGUGUUUCAGUAAACCAGUCUAAUGGUUAUAGAUCACCUUAUGAUGGAUAUAGAUCACAUUAUGAUGGCAACAAUUAUGAUUACGAUCAAAGAGUAUUUGGGGCAGCUUUGGAUAGUAUAACAAGCUCUAGGUUGGGCCGAUAUGAUCCCCGUAGCCCGACCAGUUACCCUUCUUAUUGAUUUUUGAUUUUCUCUAGGUAUUGAGAAAGCUCUGACAUGUCUUCUGCUAAGUUAUGUAGGUGUAUUGGUACUUUGGAGGGUUUGUGCAAGGUGCUUUAGAUUUAGUUUUAUGUCACUUUGUUGUUCAUUGUUGUGCUAGUUUGUCUCUGGUUAUGUUUCUGAUGUCUGUACUCUUGGAACUAUAUGUUACUUUUCUUUGAUCCAACUCUAUAAUAUCUAUUCUAGUA